AUGGAGUCUUUCCCAGGGUUUCGUGAGUGUUUGUGCCUUGUGGCAGCUUGUGACUCCUUGCAGCCACCAGCCUGUGGGGUGGUAGGGAGCAAUGUCAUAGCAAUGUCUGCUGGAGUCGCUGGACAUAGCUCCGUCACGGAGCUAGGCCUCUUCCCCCAGAACGAAGAUUUGGCCAGGGCGACGCCUGAGGUGAAGUUCCAACGCGCAGCGAUCUUUUGGAGCUCAAGUGCCUGCUUGACUGCUCUUGCCCUGCUUUUCGUUUACGUGGUGGGCUACCUUCGCGGGCCAGCAGAACACGAGAGGAAGAGCGACGUAGGUCGCUACACAAAGAGCGAUGUGCUCUUUGCUGUGUUUCAGAUCACCUUGGUCUAUGGCUACUUGGGCUGCGGCCUUUAUGCAGGUUUGACAAACAGAAUCGUGGAUGGCGUGCCCACCUACGAAUUCUUUCUGCUUGCCCUGUCCGAAGUGCUCAUGACCAGCUGCAUUCAUGCUGUGGUCAAGAAAACAGGCAAAGUAGGGGUUGGAAACGUCUUGGAGGCCAUGAUGCCCUUUGGCGACCGGUUUGAUUUGUUCCGCGACGCGACGGCAGUGGCAAAUUAUUGCUGCAUUGCAACGUCCUGGUCCGUUGCCGCCACUGCAGUGGUGCUGUCGACAAAUGUUCUUGGCAACAUAGCGAUAUUUUGGCGUCGCGACGACCUACGACAGCUUCGGGCUACCAUUUGGCCUGCCAACGCAUCGACUGCGAAGAGCGAGGUAUACCAGCAAACUUCUGAUUGUCCGACGGAGGUUGCUGAUGCUGGCGACUGCGAGGCCUUACGCUUGCUUGGCCCUCCGCAGGACUACCAGCCCCACUUUUGGUCGUGGUUUCCGGGUGUGGAGCGCGCGUGCUUUGACAAACUAGGGAAGGCCACCUCCCAUGCCAAGAAGAUCGCAAGCCUCUACCAACAACUGCCGCAGGCGCUCGCCAGCUCCAUGCUGAUGGUCAUGGAAAAGGGGAUCUCUCCCGCGAUUGCGUUCUGCGCUGGCACUGCCUGGUUUCAAGCGUUCAUGAUCGAAACUCUGCGGCCACACGUCCUCAGCCACCAGGCGAAGCGCGGCAUUCCCUGGCAAAACGUGUCGCCCCGCGACUUGGCCCGCGCGAGGUGCUGCAGCUCCUGGGAUCCGGUCUUGGGCCGCCGCGCGCUCCAACUUCUUGUGCUAGACCAAGGUGUGCUGCGAGAUGACAGGGAGGCUGCGGCGCGAGCCCUCGGCGAGGAGUUUGCAGAGGCAACGAAGACCAGCGAUGAGGAAGUGCAAAAGUGUUUGAAGCAGGAUCAGACGGACGUUUUUGCUGGUUUGGUGGCGCAAGACCAGGAAAGCGUCUUGAAAGCCUUCGCUGCAUCCUCUGCUUUCAUUGCUGAUGACGCGGAGCUGACCGUGGCGCCUGCCAAAGCUCACAAGUGGAGCAUGGUCGCUUUGCUCCUCAACCACAUGACCAGAGCCAACGUCAAUUUCUGCCAACUGACGGAGGCAGCCUUUAGGGAGCUGAUGGAAAAUCUCAAGGCGGAGCUGCCCCUUGAGUAUGUGAACCUCAACGACAACCCGCUUUGCGAAUCCCAGGAUGGCCUGGCGCAGCUGAAGUUGUUCAUGGCCAAAGCGCAGAAGCUGACGCGUUUGCGCCUGCAGCGGAGCGUCGCCAACCAGGUUUUUUUGGCAGAGCUGAGGGUUGAGUGGUCCAAGUUUCACUCGGGCAACGAGCACGGCCUCGAAAUCGAGCUUCCAAAGCCAAAGUAG